UAUCGCUGCCGUGGCCGCACAGCCCAUGCCAGGAAUCUCUUGGUACACUGUCUGCAUCACCGCAUCCCAGCCCAAGUGAGCUCAUGAGGCUCAGCUGGACUCUGAGAGGUAGCGCAGACACGUAACGAACACAACUGUCAUGGAAAGUCUAAGAGGGACGCUUGUUCCACGCGCUGCCUGGACAAUGAAGAAUCGGCGUGCCACCCCCUCUCUCGGCCCCCAGCCGAUGCCAAGGCGGGCAGCCGGCCGCCAGCAGAUGAAUAGCAGGUCUGUUCCAGCAGCUGCGCGUCCUGGUCCAGCGAGGAGAGAGGCUGCGGGAGCGCAGAGUGCCCCGCUCCUUGCGUGGUCCACCGAGGAAGAGACCUGGGGGCAGCAGGAUGGCCUCAGAAGGGGAGAGCAUCAACCUUCAAUAAGUGCUGAAGUCAGAUCCCAGCUUUUAGGAAGACCUGCUGGUGGAAAAGGGGCUGGCUGCUGUGACACGGGACCUAGAGAUUUCAAAGGGCACAAAUCCUCACCUCCGGAUGAGCGGCCCGAUGAACAUCAACCACUAUGCGACGAAGAAGAGCGUGGCAGAGAGCAUGCUGGAUGUGGCACUGUUCAUGGCGAACGUGACACAGCUCAAAGCAGUGCUGGAGCAGGGGGCUUCCUUCCAGUACUACAUCACCCUCAUCGUGCUCAUCAGCAUCUCCCUCUUCUUCCAGGUGGUGAUCGGGAUUCUCCUCAUCAUCAGCGCUCGCCUGAACCUGAAUGACGUAGCAAAGCAACCCCGCCUGAAUAUACUCAACAAUGCUGCCACAGCUCUCAUCUUCAUCACAGUCAUCAUCAACAUCUUCAUCACAGCCUUUGGGGUGCAGAAGACAGGCCUCUACCCUACCAGGAAUUUUCGACCUUAUUAAGUCAAGGGGCAAUGGAGCCAGGACCUGAGCCAUGUGCCUGGUGGUGGAAGAUCUCCUCUGUAUUUGCACCACUUCAGCAGGACCCCGUCAAUGAAUGCAGAGAACUGGGUUAAACUUUCCAAACUUGUAUGCGUUUCCUGGCAUGGCAGCCCCUUGCUGUGAUGCUCGUGCAGUUCUGCAGGGGUGACAACUUCCACCGCCAUCUGAAACUAGAGCAAACUUUGCAGCGAUUUCUAGAGAAAGCUGCAGAAACAGCAGCAGGUACACAAUUUCAAAGCGUACUUCUGUAAAUCUCAUCUCUUAUUUUAGCUGCCUGCUUCACGUAUCCAGUAUCGGCUCAUUGUGUAGAGAAGACUGGACAAUUUACUUUGUAGGAUAAAUAAACAUAAAAUGUCCAGCUUUUUGGCUCAGGCAUAAUUUGCUAUAUUUAAAGCAGUGCUGUCUAAUAGUUUACCUCCCAAAUGUAGAAAUGGAUUUCUCAAACUAAAAAAAAAAGGUUCUCAUGGGAGGAUAGGAAAGUGUGGGUAUGUCAACAUGGCUAAAAAGAGUUCAACUAUUUUCCUAGUCAUUUAAAAAUAAAAUUAAAUGAGAAACAGUUAUGAAAACAAUCAUACAUUUCCAGUAUUGGGAAAAUAACAAUGACAGAAAAUAGAUAUCAUGAUCUGAUGUCACUGCCAGGGACCCAUCAGGAAUGCUGUCUGAGCAGCCUGACAAUAGGUAGGAGAAAAACAUUAUACUUAAUGAGACAUCCUAGGCUAAUUGCCACGAUGGGAAACGACAAAUGAAUAGUGUAUUACUUUAUAAAUAAAUCACCAUAAUUUAAGGUUUUAUUACUAACAUAUUUUUUAAAUAUCUAAUCUUCACAUUAACAAUAUUGGGAACUCUCUUGUACUGCAACAUUUUUCCUUACAAAAUUUUGAAUUACUGAUUUUUUAGAUUUUAUUGAAAGAGUAAAAAUGUUGGAUCCUAAAUUUUAUAAUUACAUAAUCAUGCUAAAAUGAAUAUUUUAGUAGCCUGGCAUAAACCUGUUUA